UCUGACAUCUGUUUACUUCUGACAGAUUUGAAGAAUACCAGAUGAAUAAGAGGAUCACAAAUGAACCUCAACAGCCUUCCAUAUCACAAUUUCUGGACACUCGUGCUGGGCAGUACAGUAUGAAUCAUCCACAGCAGAAAGCCAUUACAAAUGCCUUACUACGUGACUUAAUUAUUGGUAGCAAUCUGUCUAUUGUGGAAAACAAGAGUUUUCGACACUUUCUGACAGUAGUCGACAGCAAAUACAGCCCAAUAUGUCGCAGAACAAUGACAUCAAAAAUAGAAGAUCUUGCUGCUGAGAAACAUUUGAUGUUAAAAACCCAGCUGAGCCAGACUGAUCAUGUUUCAGUGACAGUGGACAUUUGGUCAGACCGAAAGAUGAGGGGUUUCCUUGGCAUCACAAAAAGGAAUUGAGAGGCUCGAGGUAAAAUCAAAACUGUUGGCCUUUGAGCGCUUCAAAGGCUCGCACACAGGUGAAAGAAUCUGUGAAAAGUUUGAAGCUGUAUGCGAUGAAUACAACAUCAAAGAUAAGCUAGAUUACAUUAUAAGUGACAAUGCUGCCAAUAUGCGAAAAGCAUUUACUGUAUGCUUUCCCACUGACCAAGGUGAGGAACCUGAUGAUAAUCAUCGUCUUGACGACCCAGAGCUCUGGCAUGACUUACCCUUGGAAGAUCAGGAAACAGUCGGUGCUUCUUUGGGAAAGAAACAUCGCCUGCAAUGUUUUGCUCACACACUUCAGCUGGUGGUGAGAGAUGGCCUGACAGAGACCAAAGUGGCAUCUCCUGCCCUUUCAAAGCUAUCUAAGCUCAGCUCACUACUGCACACAAGCACAACAUUGAAAGAUGUGUUUGAAGCUGAAUUUGGUGAACGGAAAAGCAUCCCUGCUUCUGUAAUCACAAGAUGGAAUUCAAUAGUGAGACAAGUGAAGGCGGUUCUUCAAUGUGAACAUCUAAAACUCUGUGCUAUUCUUGAAAAGGCCGGGCACAAGAAGUUGUUAUUCACAAUACGAGAGUGGAACUUGUUGAAGGAGAUGGUGGACAUCUUGAAACCGUUUGAAGAAGCAACUGAUUUGACACAAGGUGAGAAAAUAGUGACGAUCAGUGCUGUUGUUCCAUCCGUGCUGUCCCUCAAUCACCACCUUGAGAAACUGAAGCCGCAAGUCCGUUUCCUGAAUGGUCUGGUCAGCAGUCUCCAGGCAUCUUUGAACAAAAGAUUUCUUGGAAUUUUUAUCAGUGUACAAAUGGCGAGAGCAGAAGAAGGGAUCACUGCACCCUUUUCAGAUCCAGUGUACCUCAAAGCAGCUGCUUUGGAUCCAGCGUUUUCUCUGUUGUGGGUGGAACACCAUGUGUUGGGCAGUCAGGACAUGAAGACAGAAGUGACACAAAAAGUUAAAGAUCUGAUCCUGGAAAAUGCUGCAGAUCCUGCAAAGUUGGAGCAACACGUGACUCCUGGUGAUAAAGAUCAGAAGGACUGUGAAGAUGGAGGACUGUUUGCUUCUUAUUGUAAGAGGCAGAAGAAGGAUGUCCAGACAAGUCCAGCACUACAGCUAAGUCAUUACCUCCAUAUUGCUGAUGGACAGAACGCCCUCUUGUUCUGGGCAAUGAACAUGCACACUCUUCCUUCACUGUUUAAUGUGGCCACCAGAGUUUUGGCAGUGCCUGCUUGCAGUGCUCCAGUGGAGCGCGUCUUCAGCUAUGGUGGCAUCAUUUUACGUCCUCAUCGUGCACAAAUGACAGACAGACUUUUUUCCAGUUUGGUCUUUUGCAAAUGCAAUGCAGAAUAG